AUGGUGUUUCCGGUGAUGGCAUGGAUCAACGAUGACGAUGGCACGACCUUAAGGAGCGUCGUGUUCUCAACUCAUCCUGUCACCCAAACACAAAUUAAUGUUCCAAUCCUUAAUGAAGAUAACUACAAAGAGUGGAAAGAUGCUAUUCUCUUGCAAUUAAGAUUAUUAGAGUUGGAUUACGCUGUUCUCAAUGAGGAACCCACUGAGGUUACUGAAGAAAGCACUAGCGAAGCCAAGCAGCUUCGCGCACAAUGGGAGAAAUCCAAUGGAUUAUGUGUGCUCUUCAUUAAGUCAAGAAUUUCCAGAAAAAUUCAUUUUUGCUUUGAGGACAUUAAGAAAGCGAAACCCUUGCUCAAAGCUAUCGAUGAUAACUUCAUUGAAUCAAAGAAAGUUUUGGCAAUGACUCUAAUCAUGAAGUUGAGAAAUUUGCGUCUUUCCACUGUCAAGGGAACGCGUGAACACAUUAUGCAACUCAGGGAUAUUGCGGCUCAAUUAAAGGAGUUGGAAAUCAUUCUACCAGAUGAUUAUUUGGUGCUUUUUGCACUUGAUACCCUCCCUCAGGAGUACAAUCCUUUUAAGAUUUCCUAUAAUACACAUAAGGAUGAAUGGUCUAUCAAUCAAUUGAUUACCAUGUGUACUCAAGAGGAAACGCGACUUGUAACUGAGCUUGGGGAAAGUGCUUUUAUGGCCACAACAAGGCCUAAAAGAAAGUGUGGAAAACCUAAGGGACUUACCAUAGCUGCUAAGGAGAAACUAACCCCGAAAGCAGACAUUAAGAAGAUACAAAAGUGUUUCUUUUGCAAAAAGAAGGGACACAUGAAGAAAGAUUGUAUCAAGUUUCAGAAAUGGAUGUCCCAAAAAGGAUAUGACAAAACUGAGACAGCCAAAGGAAACUGA